AUGAGCGCAAACAAGUCUACCUGUCCGUCACUCCUUCCGUCCUGUGAUCUCCCAAAUUUCACCCCGAACCUUCGACCCCGUCGAAGUCUUCCGACCACAGCGCCAGAAGCAAUUCCCUCGCAAACCGCUAACAUAUUCCAUUCUCCAGCCCCGAAUUCGUCAUCUCCCUCGUCCGAACCCCCCAACCUCUCAAACCGCUAUGCCCAGUUCCGCGUCCCCCUCAACUUCAACAAACUCGACAUGCGCGACUAUCUCGAGCGUGCGUAUGGCGUCGGCGUCGUUAGCGUCCGCAGCUACGUCCAGCUACAGCCUAUUACCCGUAUUACCAAGGAUGGAAGGCAACUGGGUGCGUGGCGACGACCGAAGUCCGAGAAGCGCAUGACGGUCGAGUUGAGGGACCCGUUCGUUUGGCCCGAGGAGCCUACUGAUCUCAGCAAAUGGGAAAAAGAAUCCUGGAACUCCCAAGAAAGAGUGCAAACCGAGCAGCGCCGCGAAAACGUUCAGAAGCCCAAUGCUGCCGAGAAGCCGGAUGAGAAGCUGCGUAAGGCAUUCAAGAAGCAGGCUGAGGAAUUGAAGAAGAAUAAGGAGACCUGGCGGCCGACUUGGAAGGUGCUUGGUUUGGAUUUUGCGCAUAAGGAGAUGGCUAAUAUGGGGAAGAGUGUUCGUCCUCCUAAGUGGCAGCAGAAGCCGUAA